AUGGAUGCCAUGGAAGCUCGAAUGGCAGCUAUGGAAGCGCACAUGGAAGCUAUGGAAGCUCAGAUGGAAGGCGAUAUGGCAGAAAUGAGCUCCAUGGACGAGCGUGGGGGCGGGGGGUGGUUCAAGCGGCUCAAGAAGCGGGGCUAUAGCGGCGACUCCGAGGAUGGUCUGACGCACGUCAUCGUCGACACCGAUGUUGACACGGACGACCAGAUGGCCAUUGCCUAUCUGCUGGCUCAGCCAGAUAUCAAAGUGCUCGCCAUCACUGUGGGCUGUAAUGGUUGGUCACAGCAGUGGGCAGGUGUGAUGAGCAUCAUGCGCCUGACCAAAUACUUCGGACAGCCAGACAUUCCCGUGGCAUUUUCACCCCUCUACAAUCCGGACACACAGCUGAAUCUCAACGAACCCAAUGGAUUGCCGGAUCCCACACUGCUGGCGGGGAAGGGCAACUUCCUCAGUGAGUUCGUUGGCUUGCCCUUCAACAUCCGGCCACCGAGUUGGAUGUACACUGGCCAGCUGCUCAAGCAAACCCUUUCGAAGAGUCGCAAGCAGGUGGACAUCCUCGCCUUGGGACCAUUGACCAAUUUGGCCCAUUUCCUGCAGGAGUCCCCGAAACUCUUCAAGUCGAAGGUGAAGCGGAUCUACAACUCUGGUGGUACAGUGGUGUCAAGAUCUAGCGACCCAACGGACAAAGUCUGGCCUUACUCCGCUCCAAACACCUCCUUCACAGGAAAUCCACCAGAUACGGAAUGGAACAUCUUCAGCGACCCAGUUGCAGCCAACUCCGUCCUUUCCUUCGGGGUCUCUAUAGUGUUGGCCACUUCCACCUACACAGAUGGCAUGCAGUUCUACCUCAACGACACCGACUUCAUCCCAUCAUCAUGCGACAGCGACAAGGCUGACGUGUUGACCAAAAUGGUGACCACUUUGCCCACCGCAGAUGGUGAGGAUCCCGACGAUCUCCGUUACUGGGAUGAGUCUGCUAUGGUGCUUUUCGUUCAGAUGCUCCGGAACGGGGGGAAAGCCGAGGCAGCGGUCUGUACUGAGUGGGACAAGAAGCGCUUUGCGGUGAUGUUGGAAGCUGGGAACAAUGCCUCAGUAAGCGGAGGCCAAUAUGCCCGGCUGUUGCAGAAUGAAUUUGGACAAGAAGCCACGGAGUGCUUGACAGGAAAUUUGACCGAGUUCAAGCUAGCAUAUUUUGAAGGCUUCUGUAGUCGAUAG